AUGGCAAACCGUGUCAAAUGGGCGUGGACACACAUUUCACAAGGAUCGCGGCGUGGAAUGUUACUCAGGAUUCGGUGUGACGUGGCGAAGCAGGGAAAAAGGUUGAUGUCAUUGCGACGUCCAACAGAAGCAAACGAUCAACUUGUUGCUCACGAGGAACUUACGUUGACCAGAAUGACAUUGCUGUUGGCCGUCAUUAGCCGAUCAAAUGCAUUUGUAUCUCCAGUCCAGAAUGGUGUUGUGGCCGCAAGCAGCAGCUCCACAAGUCUCUUUUUCUUCGACAUGUUCAUGAGUGACGAGGAAAAGCAAAAGAAACGGGAGAAGGAAGAACGAAAAAUGGAAGAAAUGGAAGAACUGCAGCGUCAGGUCUUGGAGCGACGAAGAAACCCCGAAGCAAUGAAGGAAUACGAGGCCCGUGUUGCCGUUCGCCGUAAGCUCUACAUGUCUGGACGAGAUGAUGCCGCCAAGUCAUUCAAGGUCAUGACCGAAAUGCCCGCUGAAGAUGAGUAA